UGGCUGCAGGAACCACAAGUUACAGACUAGGUCUGAAAUGGAAUAAUCACAGUCAAAAUACACCCAGAUGCUCUCACACACCCAGACGCGCGCGCAUCCCCGGGCCAUGGGGCGCACGUGAGCCCACACCCCGCGCACCCAGCCCUGCCUCUCCACAGAGCAUCCUUAGCAGCUGCCACAGAAGCAGCCUCCUCCUCCUCCUCCUCCUCCCGCCGCCGCGCCACCGCCGCCGUUGUGAUCUCCCAUCCCCUCUCAUCCUCCUUCCUCCUCUAGUUCCUGCUCCUCCUCCUAUCCCCGGCUCCUCCUGCCCAGCGGCGAAGGGCAGAACCCUCGGCAGCCGCUCGCCUUCGUUCGGGCCACGAAGACGCUGGAACAGGAGCUGUGAAAUUGGUUGUAACUGAAAAUGUCUGACGGUCUGGAUAAUGAAGAGAAACCCCCAGCUCCCCCACUGAGGAUGAAUAGUAACAACCGGGAUUCUUCAGCGCUCAACCACAGCUCCAAACCACUUCCCAUGGCCCCUGAAGAGAAGAAUAAGAAAGCCAGGCUGCGCUCUAUCUUCCCAGGAGGAGGGGAUAAAACCAAUAAGAAGAAAGAGAAAGAGCGCCCAGAGAUCUCUCUUCCUUCAGACUUUGAGCAUACGAUUCAUGUGGGGUUUGAUGCAGUCACCGGGGAGUUCACUGGAAUUCCUGAGCAGUGGGCACGAUUACUCCAAACCUCCAACAUAACGAAACUCGAGCAGAAGAAGAACCCCCAAGCCGUCCUAGAUGUUCUCAAAUUCUAUGAUUCCAAAGAAACCGUCAACAACCAGAAAUACAUGAGCUUUACAUCAGGAGAUAAAAGCGCACAUGGAUACAUAGCAGCCCAUCCUUCGAGUACAAAAACAGCAUCUGAGCCUCCUUUGGCUCCUCCUGUGUCUGAAGAAGAAGAUGAAGAAGAGGAAGAAGAAGAAGAUGACAAUGAGCCCCCACCAGUUAUUGCACCAAGGCCAGAGCAUACAAAAUCCAUCUACACGCGUUCUGUGGUUGAAUCCAUUGCUUCACCAGCAGCACCAAAUAAAGAGGUCACACCACCUUCCGCUGAGAAUGCUAAUUCCAGUACUUUGUACAGGAACACAGAUCGGCAAAGGAAAAAAUCCAAGAUGACAGAUGAGGAGAUCUUAGAGAAGCUAAGAAGCAUUGUGAGUGUUGGAGACCCAAAGAAAAAAUACACAAGAUUUGAAAAAAUCGGUCAAGGGGCGUCAGGUACUGUUUAUACAGCACUAGACAUUGCAACAGGACAAGAGGUGGCCAUAAAGCAGAUGAACCUUCAACAGCAACCAAAAAAAGAAUUAAUUAUUAAUGAAAUCCUAGUCAUGAGGGAAAAUAAGAACCCCAAUAUUGUUAAUUAUUUAGAUAGCUACUUAGUGGGUGAUGAACUAUGGGUAGUCAUGGAAUACUUGGCUGGUGGCUCAUUGAUUGAUGUGGUCACAGAAACCUGUAUGGAUGAAGGACAGAUAGCAGCUGUCUGCAGAGAGUGCCUCCAAGCUUUGGAUUUCUUGCACUCAAACCAAGUGAUCCAUAGAGACAUAAAGAGUGACAAUAUUCUCCUCGGGAUGGAUGGCUCUGUUAAAUUGACUGAUUUUGGGUUCUGUGCCCAGAUCACUCCUGAGCAAAGUAAACGGAGCACGAUGGUGGGAACCCCUUAUUGGAUGGCACCAGAGGUGGUGACUCGAAAAGCUUAUGGUCCGAAAGUUGAUAUUUGGUCUCUGGGAAUUAUGGCAAUUGAAAUGGUGGAAGGUGAACCCCCUUACCUUAAUGAAAAUCCACUCAGGGCAUUAUAUCUGAUAGCCACUAAUGGAACCCCAGAGCUCCAGAAUCCUGAGAGACUGUCAGCUGUAUUCCGUGACUUUUUAAAUCGCUGUCUUGAGAUGGAUGUGGAUAGGCGAGGAUCUGCCAAGGAGCUUUUGCAGCAUCCAUUUUUAAAAUUAGCCAAGCCUCUCUCCAGCCUGACUCCUCUGAUCAUCGCUGCAAAGGAAGCGAUUAAGAACAGCAGCCGCUAGGACUGCCAGCCUUACCCCUCACCAUCUCCCUCAUGAGUAAGACUGAAAUAAAACUCUGCUGCAAGAAAGACGAAAGAAAGGACAGUCGAAAGGGGUGGGGGUUCUUUACCUUUAAAAUGAAUAGAAACUUCUGAUAAGCCUUUUUCCUACUCCCUCAGAUUAUGUAAUUUAUUUGUAAGCCUGAAUCGCAGCCCAAAUAGGGCAGCAAUGUUGAAGUGGCCAUGAAGUGGUCACUUCCA